AUGCCAAGCGCCUCUUCCCCGAUCACAUUCCCCGCGAGCUCAUCACCGCCAGGCUCGAAACGCGCGAGACCUGCGGCGGGCGACCCAGCACGAUCAAAGCCGAAAGUCAGAAGCGGAUUCCUGAUUGACGAUGAUUCCGACGACAACGAAGAUGAGAAUGAUACCCAGCAGCCCCCACUGAAGAAGCAACUUCUCGACUUCGGAGCACGUCUGCAACGGCCAGCGCCCGCACCAGCGCCUGAUACCGUCGACGUAGAUGAACCCGAGCAACCAGUCCCUGCAGCCAAGCAAAGCGACCAAACCCCGAUCGACCUGACGCGGAAACCCCCGACCGAGGCUUCUCGCAGUCUUGCAUCAACACUUCUGGCCUCUACCCCUUCCAUAUUCCAGAGCACCCGGGCAUACAAGAUAACCACGUGCACCGGCGCGUCGAAAACCAUCGCACAGCGCAAGCCGACGAAGACCACCUCAUACGAAAGCAUUGUUGCGGCAAGAUCCAAGACGAAGGAAGGCAGAGCAAAACGCGCGUACUACGGCAUUCACAUCAACGAGCUCAUCGACAAGGCGAAGGCAGAGGCCAAGGAGAAACCGAAGCCAAAGGAAAAGGAGAGCGAGGUGCCAGUACGGUCGGUCGAAGAAACAGCGGCAGGUAAAGGGCACCAGAAGACGCUAUUAUGGACCGAGAAAUACAGAGCAAAGAACUUUCUGGAUCUCUGUGGCGACGACGGCACGAACCGUAUGGUUCUUCGGUGGUUGAAGCGCUGGGAUCCGAUUGUCUUCCCUGGUAUCGCGAAGAAGGCACCGAUUGUGCGGAGACCUGGCGCUAAGCAGGCCCAGGAAGAAGAGAAGCCACACAAAAAGAUCCUGAUGUUAACAGGGCCUCCCGGUCUUGGUAAAACUACGCUCGCGCAUGUUUGCGCCCGGCAGGCAGGAUACGAUGUCAUGGAGAUCAACGCCAGUGACGACCGAAGUCGCGACGUUGUAAAGAAUCGAAUUCGAACAUCCCUUGGAACCGAAAGCGUCAAGACCGUCGAGAACAAGAAGAGCAAGGACGGGGAGCAGCAGCAAAAAGUCGCCCGUCCGGCGUGCGUGGUUGUUGAUGAAGUGGACGGUGUGGUCAGCGGAGCCGGUGCUUCUGGAGAGGGAGGUUUCGUCAAGGCUCUGAUCGAUCUGGUCUUGCUAGACCAGAAGAACAGUUCCGGAGCCUCGAACAACUCUAAAAAGAAGAAAAAGGGCGACGACUUCCGCUUAAUGAGACCGCUUAUCCUCAUCUGCAACGAUGUCUACGCCCCGGCGCUGAGACCACUACGGCAAUCUGGUAUGGCCGAGGUCAUCCACGUCGGAAAGCCGACCAUAGAUGCUGUGGUCACUCGCUUGAAGGCAGUCUUCGACAAGGAGGGGAUUCCUUGCGAAAAGGACGCUGCACGCAAGAUCUGCGAAGCUGCUUGGGGUGUUACCAACGGUUUCGAUGCUAGACGAGGUGCACAAAGCGGAGCAGAAGGUGAUUUGCGAGGAGUAAUGGUUGUUGGUGAAUGGGUGGCCGGACGCUUCAAGUCAGCUGCGAGAUUCAACGACCGUCUGUCAAGGCAAUGGCUUGAACAGCACCUGCUCCAUGACCUCAACAACGGUGCUGGAGGAGCUAGAGGGCUUGGAAGAGGGAGCGCAAAGGACAUCGUGGGUCGAAUCUUCCAGGAGGGAGGCGGUUUUCCCAAGCAAGCUCUGGACACAACGUCUCAUCUGAAGCAUCAACACGAGCAACCAAAAACUCAACUGGGCUUCGCCGAGUACCACAAAAAGAAUGCAAUGGAGCGCUUACGGCACUUGAUCGACACAAGCGGCGAGGUGGAUCGAAUCAUGACCGAUGUCUUCCUGGAAUACCCGAACCGAGAAUUCAACGACGACUCGUUCCUGUCCAAGCCGAAUGAAGCCUACGACUGGAUGCACUUCCUGGACACCUGUUCGUCACGAACCUUCCUCAGCCAGGACUGGGAAUUGGCACCAUAUCUCAGCCAGCCCAUCUUGGCAUGCCACAGCCUUUUCGCCUCUCCUAAACGGCAUCAACCCAACAUGGGUUAUGACAAGAAGUGGGGGGCGGAUGCAGCUGAUGAAGAACCGCCAGUGCCAUUCUCCGGCCCCCAAGCCGACUUUGCUGCGUACCAGGCGCUGAAGGAGAACAAGUCAAUGCUCCAGGCUAUUCAAGCGCAACUGAACCCGACCCUGGGACGUUCGUUCCGCAGUGCGGAAGACAUCGCCACAGACUUCCUGCCAUAUCUAGUCCGCAUGGUGUCGCCGGAUGUCAAGCCUGUCGUUAUUGGCGGCAGCGGUGUCAGCACGGCCAGCGUGCGGAAGGACACGGAAAAGGUCAUGGUCAAGCGAGCAGCUGAAAUCAUGGCUGACGUAGGCAUCGUCAUGCAGAAAGGAAAGAUUGAAUCAGAUUCGGUGGUGAGCAGGGGGCCGCAAUGGGUGUACCGAAUGGAACCUGAUCUCGAUGCUCUCGCAAUAUAUGAAACGGCUGGUAGUCUUCUACUAGCCAGUUCAGCACCGACACGAUACGCCGUUCGUCAGGUGCUGGAUCAGGAGCUGCAGAAGACCAUCGUUCUGCGAGAGGCCGCAGCGCGACAGGCGAGAUUCAAGGCAGGGAACCCCAUGGGGAUCGAAGAGGCUCCGUUGCACGUGGACAAGGAGAAUGUCCUGAAGGAGCAGAAGGAGAUACUCGAAACGGCUGUGAAGAAGGACUUCUUCGGCCGCAUCAUACCCUCGCGGCCGCUGGGUGAGGUGGAUCCUAAUGGCUCAGCGAAAAGGAAGAAGCAGCAGGAGGUCAAGGAAGACAUAAAGGUUUGGGUCACGUACCAUGAAGGAUUGAAUAACGCUGUCAGGAAACCUGUUACUUUGGGCGAGUUCAUGAAGGGGUUGUAG